AGAGCUCAGAUCAAAAGUGAAAGUAGAAUAUCACCGAAUGCAACGGGUUUCGAGGUUAGGCAGGUAGAGUUAAUGUUUUUGAAUAAAAUGCGUUUUAGCUCACAUAUAAAUAUAUGCAUAUAAGCGACAUCUAGCCAAAUUAUUAGUUAUAUUGUCAGGAGCUGCUCGGGGAUGUUAACACUCUUCGUCUUCCUUUCGUUGGUUUCUGGUCUGGAGGGAGCUGAUGUGGUCCUGUCCUGCUCGCUGAUCGAAGAGGGGGGAGGGAUGGGAGGCAUGAUGGGUGGGGCGAUGUUCAAGCGCACUCCCUCCACGCUGGUGUUCAGGGAUCUGGUUGGGAAUGCUGACCUGUCGCCAGAGCUUGUGACCCCAUUUAACCCCCCCGAGACCCCUAAUGCCGACGAGCUGAUCUUUGAGUUGAUGUUACCAUCCAUCCAGAUUCCGAAUGCAGACUUGCUUCUCCACGCUGAUUGUAAUGAACAGGAAGUGGUUUGUGAGAUCAGCCGUUAUGUUCCUCGUGAUGCUGAUUUGGAUUCCCUCCCUGCUCAUUUCAUUGGCUCAGUUCAGCUGGACGGAGGCGGGAUCAGUCUCACGCUGGUCCUCCAGACCCUUCACAGUGAGACCACACAAUCCCAAACCCCACCACUUGUGCAGAGUACACUGAACCUGACUCUCAGCCAAGCAGGAACGUUGAUGACAGAGGUUGUGUUUGUGGUGUUCUCGCGAGUCCCAUCUAUAGUGGCUCCAAUAGGGGCUGAUGUGCUUUUAGACUGUGGCUUUAGGCAGAAGGACUCUGUCCCAGGGCAGGAAGUGGCACUUGAGUGGCGCCUACAACAUAGAGGAAAUGGCCGUAAAAUUCUUGAUAUGAAAGCGAGGGAGGAGACGGACAUGGCACCAGAACUAUUUGUGGACCGGGAAGGCACGAGCGCUGAAGCAGAUCUUCUGGUGAGGGACGGGAAUGCGUCUCUGACUAUGCAGAGGUUAAAGGUCACAGAUGAGGGCACGUACAUCUGCACUGUCGGCUCUGGGGAGUUUCAGACUCAACAGAUCGUGCAGCUGCACAUUACACAACCUCCUCAUGUCUCACUGUCUGAGGAGAAACUGAUAUUUCAGGAUUCGACGCCUCUGAAACUGAUCUGUCACUGUCAGCGUUACUACCCUCUGGAUGUGCAGGUGGAGUGGUUUUCCCAAGCACCCUCUGCAGAAGAGCCCGUCUCUUUGACAAAAGAAUCCUCUCUCUCCAGCCAUCGGCAGCACAGUGAUGGGACAUACUCCCUCUCCUCUUUCCUCACCCUACGGCCCGACGAGCACCCUCCAGGGACGGUUGUCACCUGUAGGGUCUCACACUCCGCCCUAGAAACACCGAGUGAUGUCAGUCUGACUGCUGAGAAAACUGAGCCAAGAAAAGCCCUCUGGACUGUUAUCUUAAUGUUGGUGAUUUCAGUGGGGUUUUUGUAUCAAGCAUUCAGAGGUGCAGAGAACUGAGGACCCGUCUUCAUGAAAACUUGGAAGGAGCCAUUUUAUUUUUUUACUUGAUCCAUCAGUCCGCAACUGUCUUCCAGUGGAUUUAUUUUCAUUCAACCGUGGUACGUUUGUUUAAUAGAAGUUAAAUGUCAAAAAAGGUUUCCUGCGUAACUUAUUCUGUAAGCAUUGUUCAUCUUCUGAUCUACUGGAUGUUGUAUAUUUGUUGUACAUGUUCCUUGUGUUUUAUAAAUAAAAACAAGAAACAGAUCAGGUUUUGUUGAUGUUUUUACUGGCAUCAUCUACAGUAUCAGGGACAUACAAGCAUGCUGUUUAUGCCAUCACAGUCUAAUCCUGGCAUCAGGGCUGAUGGCAUUACCCCUGUGAUAUGGUAUAUGCUUUCAUUCAUUCAUAUUUAUACAUAUAACCAAUUGAUCUUAUAAGAGAAAUAUAAGACAUGUCUAUAGUCUCCAACAGAACAAAAUAUAAAAGUCUGUGCUGACGAAGGAAUGUGAACCAAGAGCUGUAUUUUGCAUGGCAGUAUAGAUUAUAAUUUAUGCUCUUUUUUUGCAUUGAUUAUCUGUUAUUUUCUGUACAUUUCAGUACAUUUUGGCAGGGUUGUAGCAUUCACAACUUGUUCCCCGGUGAGGCUUUUCCACAGUACAGGAAAAUUAGGCUUAUUUUGUACAGGCAGUUAAUAGUAAUAAACAUAUUAAAGGAGUCUAACAGUGGGGUUAUUCUGCCAUGCAAGUCAAAAGACAAUAAAUGAACACCUUAAGUUUUCUGUGUUCUCAUUUUUCCCAGUUAACACAGUUAUAGAAUUGUUUUACUGAUUGUUUUCAUUAACUUGUGCACCUCCAGGUAAAAACACAGAAAAAAGUACAAAAGCUGUCACUGGGGCGGUUCUCUUUCAUAUGUAAGGAUGGGGUAAUAACGCAACAUAAAGCACUGAGGCUUUCCCCUGAUUGCUGCCCGGAAAAAGAUUCAAAGCUACAAGAGUGUCAAAAACGGCACCAUCUGGUGGUUAGUUACAAAUGAAAGCAGUCAAAAA